CAGACGGAAGACUGACAGAAGACGCCGACAGAGGGAGAGGAUGCUGUGUCAGUGGAGGGAGGCUACAGGUCAGACUGGAAGCGGCAGCGGCACCGAACAAACGCCCUUUCCCAACCUGUAGCUUCAACACCCACACUUGAGUUAGCGGUUAGCAGCAGGAGGAUGAGUCCGAGUUGAGGUGCUCUUGUGUUUUGCUAGAUUCAAGCGCGCUGCCAGGUUUCCUCUGCUGGAGUUUCAGCUCCUGUGAAGUUGCUGUGCAGAUGGAGCUGAGCAGGAGGAAAGUGCCUCUGUAUGGCCAGGCCAAGGUAUUUGCAUUGCUGGAGGGUUUAGACUCGGUGCCAGAGGAUGCAGAGGUCUACGUUGUUUUGGAAGGAUCCACACUGGUCCAUGUCACCAGGGCUCAGAGUGACGUCAUGCUCUGCUUUAUAGUGCCUGGACAUAACUUGGCUGAGAUGGUCUCUGUCCAGGCCUACCUGUGCUCUGAAACCACACCCCUCACCUGGGUGGGUGGGGCUUCACUGGAGUAUGUCCAAGAUGAUGCUCAGGACCUUGCAGAGCACCUGGUGAUCCAUGGACAUUGUCUGAGCUCCACGGAUCACAAGGAGCUGAGAAGCCUCUUCAACCUGGGCCAGGAGAGUUCUCGCUGGGCUAUGGAUCGUCGCGUGGCCCUGGCCAUGGCCAACCUGGAUAUCCCGCGACGCUGGAAUGUCCUGGGGAGCCACAGUGGAGACGAGCACAGUCCCAGGGAGUCCCCCCUCCACCUGGCCGUGCGUUGGGGUCUGUGUCGGCUCGCGGAGCUGCUGCUGUGCCAGCCGGGGGGUCUGAUGGCUGUCAGUCUGCCAAACGAAGAGGGAGUCACGCCGAUGCAGCUGGCACAGGCAGCGGGCAACACCGAACUCCUGGAGCUGCUCACACAUCCACCCAACCCUCUAGCUACACCUCCAGCAGGUCUGUCCCAGGUGUGGGCAGACCGGUCCAGAUUGCUGAGGUUCUGUCAUGACACGGGGAACCUGACUCUGACCAUCCGGCAAAACCUGAGGUGGAGCUCGGAGGAAAGCCGGCAUGCAGACAUCCUGCUUCUCAGAGACCGGCUCAGAGAUGAGGACUUCCUCAGAGAGGUGAAAGCACUAAGGAGGGAACGGGUGGAGACCCUCUUAGGGAAGGAAGAACUAGUGGAUGAUCCUGCAGAGAACGCUCUGUAUCCUGAUAUCAAUGGAGGAAACUCUGCUGUAGAAGAAAAUGACUAUGAGGAGCCACUAAUGUUUUGCCUGAAUGAGGAGGACGAAGAAGACGAUCCAUCGCAGUCUGUCUCUGAGAAAAGCCAGUCUAUAAGGGAGAGCCAAGCCUCAUCCCCAACUCUGGCUGCAGCUGCCAGACUGUCAGCGAUGAUACACGGCAAAGACAGAGUGUACGCCAACGCCAUGCUGGUGGACCAGGUGGAUGAUGCUGACAUUAGAUACCGCUCGCCAGGGGAGGAGGAGGUGAGCCCUGCUGCACCCCAUGUUGGCAGCCAGUGCUGGGACUCUUUCUCCACGACUCCCCCUGACUCAGGGAACCGCUCCCAGAAUCGGCACCCAUCCUCACCCCAUGCUGGGGAGAGGGUAAUCCAGGGCCCCAGGCUGGAGAAUCACGGGGAGCCAUCCCCUCGCACAUCUCCCCCCUCUCCCUUUGCUACUUCUCCGUCUUUUCCUUCCUCCCCCCUGGCUUCCGCCUUCCGUUUGUUCGAAGGAGCGCAGAGGCGUCAGGCACAGUCGUGCCUGCCAGCUUCUCCUGCUUUGAAUCGCAGAGGAUGCAGCUUGACGGAAGCAAGCCGGGGCCUGAGUCCUAGUCUUGAGUGUGACAGCGGGGAAGAGGACAUACUGGGACAUUCCUACCCCUGCUCGUCUUCAAAGCAGCAGUCCAUCCUGCGGUCCAGCCUUGGAGAGGAGCGGGACUCUUUCAACACGUCGCCAGACUUUAACCGCACACACUCCAGCAGCUCGCAGAAGUCCACAAAGAAUCCAGAGGAGGCCGAGGUUCGUCUACGCUCCUACUCCUACUCCUCCCCCAAAGCGAAGCCGACACGGCCGCUGCUAAACCGAGACGCAACCAUCACUGACCUGGCAGAAGAUGGUGCAUUCAGCAGCAGCGGCCGUUCUCUACUUCAAGCUUUAUCUCUCUCUAAAUCCCUCUCGCGUCUCAACCAAGUUAAGCAGAGAGCGUUCAGCCUGACAGAGACGCCCAGAGAAAAGAGGGUUUUGGGUUUCCGUAAGCGGGCCCAGUCAGCAGAGGAAGAGAGCAGUGCAUCAGUCCAACACCUCACCCUCACAGAGUUCCUCAAAGAGAUCGAGGAUGAGGAGUGGGAUAAAUACAUAAUCCCAUCUAAGGUCGAGUCAGAGAAGUACAAAGUCAGCCGGACAUUCAGCUUCCUCAAGAGCAGGAUGUCCAGCACUCGCAACAAGACCAAGGUGAAGGGCAAAGAGGUAAAGGAGGGAAAGGAGAAGUCAGGAACCACUAAUGGACACCAGUUUGUUCCCGUGUCUCCAUCUGGUCCGGCUCUCUGUGUGGCCUGUGAUAAGUCUGUUUCUGGGAAGGAGCUGUUGCAGUGCUCCAACUGUUUCCUGAAUGUCCAUAAGAACUGUCGAGAGUCUGUUGCAGCCUGUGGAAAGAAGCUGCAGGAGAGGAGCGCAUUGCUAAUGAAAAGCAAGACCUUGUCUCUCCCACAGAACUCUGUGAAAGACAACUCUCCAGCCUCCAUUUUUUCUCCUUCCUCCUCCUCCUCCUCUUCACUGCCAUCGAUGACCAGAGAGAAGAGAGAAACAGCCGUCCCUCUCACCAAAAGCCUCUCCAUCUCUAUAGACAGCAGACGGCUGAGUGACUCAGCGGGAGUGGACGGAGAAUGCAGCGCGACAGCUUGUGCUAGCAGCUUAUUGUCUGAUGAGGGAACACCGGUCACAAUGACUCCCCCAACCACCGAGCCGCCAAUCAUUACACAGGAUGCUGUUGAUGCUCCUCUGCUGAGCGACCUGUCAGCUGACCUGCUCGGCCUCGACGCAGAGUCAUGGAGUCUGGCAGUCAGUCCGGAGUUCUGCAGGCAACACGACAGGCACACCGUUAAACGACAGGAUGUUAUUUAUGAGCUGAUGCAGACAGAGCUGCACCACAUCCAAACCUUGACGGUUAUGUCGGAGGUGUUCAGGAGAGGCAUGCUGGAGGAGCUGCAGCUGGACUGGGACUGUGUGGCCCGGAUCUUCCCGUGCUUGGAUCCCUUGCUGCUCUUCCACAGGAACCUCUUCGGAGCGCUGCAGGAACGCCGACAGGCCGCAACCCAACCUGAGAACCCCCGAAAUUAUCUCAUCCUUCAGAUUGGAGACAUACUGCUUCAGCAGUUCUCAGAUGAAAACGCUGAGAAGAUGAAGCAGGUGUACGGCGAGUUCUGCAGUCACCACACCGAGGCUGUCAAUGUCUUCAAAGACCUGCAGCAACAGAAUAAGAAACUCCAAAACUUUGUCAGACAACAGAGCAAUAACUCUCUGGUCAGGCGGAGAGAGGUUCCUGAAUUCAUCCUGCUGGUCACUCAGCGUAUCACCAAGUAUCCAGUGCUGCUGGAGAGGAUAUUACAGUACACUCAGGAGGGAAGUCAAGAACACUGUGACUUAUCAAGUGCCCUGGUUCAGAUCCGUGACGUCGUCACCACAGUGGACCUGACUGUGAAUAAGUAUGAGAGGUGUCAGGAGUUGCAGGAAGUGUUGGCCCGGCUGGAGAACAAGAGCUUUGCCAAGCUCAAGAAUGGCAAGGUGUUUCGCAAACAGGACCUGCACAGCAAACACAGGUAUCUGCAGCAUAAAGGGCUGGUCUACUGGAAGACUGCCACAGGACGUCUAAAAGAUACUUUGGCGCUCCUGCUCACAGAUGUGCUAGUUUUCCUACAAGAGAAAGACCAGCGUUUCAUAUUUGCUGCUGUGGACCAGAAGCCUCCAGUAAUCCCUCUGCAGAAGCUCAUAGUUCGAGAAGUAGCCAAUGAGGAGAGAGGGAUGUUCCUUAUCUCCGCCUCCUCAGUGGGACCAGAGAUGUAUGAAGUUCACACCACCACCCGAGAGGAGAGGAAUGCAUGGAUGAGACACAUACGACAAGCUGUGGAGAGUUGUCCUGAGGAAGAGGAGGAGGAAGAGCGAAGUGCUGAGACAGAGGAGGUCAGGCGAGCUGCAGAAGCAAGGGUUCAGAAGAUCAACAAGUUCCAAGAGACACUGUUGGGUCAGGACCAGCGUAUCUGCAGCAGCCUGGAGGAGAAGUUGCACUUGUAUGCUGAGCUCACUGAGUUAACCCUCCGCUCACCAGAACCUGUACCACAUCGCCAUCUGCUGGUGCAAUCAGAUACAGACAGUGAGGUGCCACGGCAGGCCUCCUCACUGCUGACAGCUGCACUCAGAGAAGCAGAGAAUCUGAUCAACAUUCUUCAGGUUCGCGAUGGCCUUUCUGUGCAAAGUCAGAACUCUCCUGUCCGAGGACCAGAGUGCUGCAGCUACAACAGUCACGGCAGCAGCAUCCAGGAGUCUCCCUCUGAACCAGAUUAUCUCAGCACGCUCAGUAUGAGCUCCACCUCUCUCGGAUCAGACACCGAGUUGACGGGGCCGGAUAGCGUGUUGUGGAGCUCUGCUGUCGAUCUGAGGAGAGGAGACACCAAAGGGACACUGUUAAAGGUGGCAGAGAGUGUCCAGAGCCUGACUCAGCUUCUCUACAGUCUGCAGGCUGCUGUGACCCUCCAGGACAGCUGCUAUGAAGUCCAGAAACUCCUUCUCCAGGAGGGAGAAAGACCUCAGCUCCGAACCCUGACUUCCCUACAAAACAGUCUGGAGCAGGAGAAACAGAAGAAUAUUGAUAAGAAGAAAGAGGAAGUAGAAAAGAAGGGUUUAGAGAGGAAGAAAGAAGAAGUGGUUGAGGUGCAGAAACUCCAUGUGAAGCUGAAACAGGAGCAGCAGCGCUGGGACAAAGAGUGUCUGGUCAGAGAGAAAAAACAGAGCGCACAGGAGACUGUGCUGGAGCAACGAGAGCAGCAGUGCUUCUUGGAGGCUGAGCGUCUGCGCUGCGAGCGUGAGGAGCUGGAGGCCCAGCUGCUGGAGUAUCAGCAAAAUCUGGACAGACUGAGGGAGGGCCAGAGGAGUGUGGAGAGGGAGAAGGAGAGGAUUGAAGCCCAGCAGAGGCUUCUCCAGAGCUGGAGACACACCCGCCAGAGCAGUCUGCCUGUUACAAUACCACUGGAUGGAUACAAGGUGACCAGCCACAGCCGCUCAGGCAGUCUGGAUGGCAGCUGUUCAGUGUAUGAAAAUGAAGCAGCUUUGCUCACUUCCCUCCAGCAUAACCACCCCCACCAGCCCGCCAACAACAACCAGCACCAGUGUCUGCUCUCCACGUCGAGGAAGAACCACGACGGCCUCCUGCAUGGCUCCAGCUACACCGCUAACCUCGGCCUCAGCGCCAGCCUGUACAACAGCCUCAACACCCUGCUGAGCCAGGCACACAGCAAACAGCCUCCAGGCGGUCUGACGUACCCAAACUACAGCAACAACCACAGCUGCCCUCGGCCUCUGAACGACUCUGUGCACCCAUUCGGAAGCAGGGUCGCUGCACAGCCACACAGGACCAACAACACAGACUUCAGCCCACCAUUGGACAGGCGAUCCCUGGGGCCCUGGAGGUCAGAGGUCACAGGUCAUGGACUUUACGAGGACUACUCCUCCUCUCCCUCUCUCACCCCCCUCCUUCCCCCGCAGGCUUACCUCUCUCUUGAAGGACAGAACGGGGAGGAGGGAGGCGAGGAGAACAUCGUUUAUCUCUGAGAAUCAUUCAAGAGAAACAAACAGUGCAAGUUGCCAGACACAUAACUGGACUGACAAUAAUACAGUAUAUCUGUUGCUUACAUGUGUUUGUGAAUGUGUGCAUUUGCAUCCAUCUAAAUGUGAUGGAUAUAGGUUCAUUUUUAAAACCUGUAUAAUCAGAUAAGGGAAUAGUUGCAGGGAGGAAGCAUACGCAGACUGGAUGUGCCUUUGUCAGUGUAUGUCAGACAUUAAUCAUUCUCUUCCUGCGUGAUGAAACCAUUGUGCCUUUUUGCAAACAAGCUAUUUGUAAAUCAGCUUUUAUACUUGUACUCCUUGUGUUUUUACUUCUACUAUAAUUCUUUUUAUUAUGCGUUGGACUUGUUUGGUGGCAGAGGUACCUAAAGCACCAGGAAAUCUGCAUAGAGGUAUUGAAUCUAUUUUCCAAUGAGCACUUAAAAGAAAAUGGAAAUAUUUGAGAAGCCAAUCGAGUCUUUCCCCAAACUAUGUAUAGAGUGCUAUUAUUUCUCCAUGUGAUCUUUAAUAAUAUUUAUGAGGGACUGUGAGCAUCUAAAAGACAUAUAAAUAUACUGACAUUAUUGUAUAGAUAUUAAAUAUAUGUAUAGUUUUAUGGAAAGGCUACCUAUGCACACUGUGUUGGAGGAGGAGCUUCAUUUUUCUCACUUAAGUGCCAAAAAUCUUGCUAUCUGAUACUGUAAUUGAUUUCUGUAAAGAAUUGCUAUAUUUUUUCUGUUCACCUCCUUUUCUGAUAAUUUAUUGUGUGUAAAUUGCUUUAUGCACUGUCAGCAGUAAUAAUAUUUUGUUGGAUAUGUGUUCUCUUGUAAUCUCUGUAAUCAGAACUGUGAUGUGCCAUAUUAAUAUUGUGCUGUAUAUAAAACGCUUGUGGAACACAUCCGUUUUUUAUGUGUAUUCUGCCAUGUGUAAAACAGCAACAUCCGUUUGACAUUUGCACACCCUGGGGUUUCGAGGUGACAUUAUUACACAAUACUAUGAAAGUAUUUGCAGUCAGGCUGUCAUUAAUCAUUGGCUCAUGAGACUGAGUAAGCACAGGCAGUUAACAGUCAGUGCUUCCCUCUGGUUUCACUUCGAUCGUUUUUCUGCUGAGAGGAUGAAAAGUUUCAGAAAGUCUUUGAUUAUCCUGCUUCGGUUGUAUCUAAUAUUUUCGGAGUAUCUCAGUGGAUGCUGCUUGGACACUGUUUGGCAGCUUCCAGUACCGAGCAUCAGUAAUCUACAGGCUGAUAGGGGCAGGCAAAGCCUUGUGGUGAGCUGGCUGGUAAACCACAGUGGCAUAGUGGCUGAAAUUAAUGAGAUCCAGAUCAGCCGUACUGAAAGCCACACUAUUAUUUACAAC